AAAUGUGUCCCAAUUCAUAUAUAUCACAUUUUUAGGUCUAGUCAGUGAAAUUUUAAUACUUCAUCCAAAAAUGUUACAGGAACUGUAUGUAGUUUUGGCUGCAUGCGUAUGCUUUCACAUGUCUUAUGGACAAAAUUAUUUCUACGACGCUUCUACUUCUUCAGGACCAUUGAACAAUGAAAAUAGUUUUCAAAUUCGCACUGAACCGGUUGCUUCCUUUUCUCAAGCACAAUUUCCAUCAUUUGGGCCUUCCUCCCUUAUUGAUCCCACCUAUCAAAUCGCUCCUAUCGCAAAUCCAUUGCCUGUCGAAAAAUUCGUUUCUGAAUUAAAUUCAGCAGUUUAUUCCUCGGACACAUUACCAGACAUUUUUGAUCUUACAGACCUGUCGCCAGGAAAUUUCAGCAGAUUGCUGUAUGACUACGUAUACGAAAAUGCUGGUAAAGUUGUCCACAGCAAUCCUGAUCAUGUAGCCAGUAUAACAACAACGCCAAUAAAUGAAAGAAUAAUCACAUAUACUUCGCCAAUACUAGUGGACAUUUUUUCCAAUACUGUCGCCAAGUAUCUUUUCGACAAAGGUGCCCUCAAUACAUCUAAUGCUUCCUCUCUCGCCAGGGAAUAUGCCAAAUUUUUGAAAGAAAGUGCUGACCGCAACUUGAAGAAAGGAACUCCUGAGUCUAAAGUAUUGACUUUAUCAGAUGGAUUUAUUGAUUUCAUGAAUUCAGUUGGUCAUUUCAGUAACAAUGCGAUUGAAGAGCAAGCAAGGUAUUUUGCCACUGAAGUGAUUAGAUCUGCAAAUAAAUCUUAAUUUUUAUGUAUAAUAUAUAUUAAUUUAUAUAUCUAUUAGAAUAAAUGUGUUCCUUUUCACUUAAUCACUUUGUCACCUUAGGUACUGUUUGCUUUUUUAUUAUUACAAAUUCUCUCAAUACAUGGUUUCUAAAAUUGCAAUGUUAUGCAAAUUUUAAGACUUUUUUUUCCACAGAUGUUUUUCCUUUAUAUUCUUUUGUUAUAAACUAAAUGAAAGAGAAAACUAUUUUAUAUUUGUAAUUGAAAUCUUAAGAAAAAUUGCUUUUGGAACGUGGAACAAAAUUGGAACUUUUAAUUAUUUGUAGAACAUUAUUGGUGCAUAUAUAAUAAUGGUUUCUUUCAACAAUAUUAAUAGAAAUUUUGAAAGAAUAUUAACACAAAUUUCGAAAUUUCGAUUCUAUUAAAAAUAGUAGAAUCGAAAUCUCAAACCAUUUUUUUAAAUGAAACAUUAAUAUAUUUUACACCAAAAAGCAUUAAAAAUAAAAAAUUGUUUGUUGCAUAUUUAAAAUAAUCAUUACAGUCAGUUUCCCAACAUACAACCAAUGCCAGUUUCACCAAAUUUGAUUUUUCAAGACUGCAUUUGCCAAUUUUCAAAUGUUAUUAACCAAUAAGAAAUUAGAUUUGAUUUUCCUUUAGUUAUCUUUGUUCCUUUUUAUUUAUUAUAAAUAACACAGCUAG